UCAAUAUUGAAUACUGGCCCAGAGAUAGUCUGUUUUGAUCAUGUUUCAUGGAAGGAUAGCGAAAGUAGAACCAUUUUCUGAAAAUCAGUUUAACAUUUGCUACCAUUGAUAAGAUGAUAACAUACCCAUUUAUAUAAGGAUGUGUAAAGCGCAGGUGGAGUCUGUUUCGAUCAUGUAUCAUGGUAUGGAAAGCGAAAGUUGAACUAUUUUCUAAAAAGUUUGUGAAUUCCAGUGACUAAUAUAUUACGCACAAAGCUUCAUAAGCGCUGAGUUCAGUUAAGGAUUACAGUCGCACAGAAAUCACUAUGCCUCGUUCGUACGUGAACAACGCAUCUAACCGUAGCCUGGGACGCGUUGGAAUGCCUGUCGGUAGUAUGGUAGUAUCAAGGAGCGGCGGCGGAGGGUCGGCGACCGGAGGUCACGGAUCCUAUGCGAGUCCAAAGACCUACGUCGACAACCCGUUAAAUCGGUCCCUCGGCCGUGUUGGAAAGGAACACGGUACCGCUGUGGUUAGCAAAGCGGAGAAGAGUGGCCCGGGGCCGGCUACGUUUUCCCGAGAAACACCAUCUACGCCGGAUGUGUACAAAGACAACGCCCUAAACCAGAAACUUGGUCGGGUUGGUUUGCCUAAGGGGAGUAUGCCCGUCUCUAUCGAAGACCCUGGUAGCACCAAGGUUUAUGUGGAUAACUACAUGAACCGGAAGCUGGGUCGCGUGGGGAAGAUCAUUGGAACAGCCGUUCACCACAAGCAAACGGGAGAGGUUAAAACGGAGGUGUACGUGAAUAGCCCAGAUAAUCGUCACCGGGACAGGGUGGGGAAACCAAGGGGGAGCCGACCGCCGCCUAAAAAAAGCAACAAGACCAAGGGUACACAAAAGAUGAUUAAGAAACUGGACGACGGAGAUGAGCUUGAGGAUUUUGAGGACUAUCGUGAUAUCAAUGAUGACUUCUACCCUGAUAUAACCGAACACGAUUACAGGGAGCACCUAGAGAACGCUAUUUACCACCUGAACAGACACAGGGAAGAGUUGGAUUGGAACAAGACCCACGGAUCGAAGCCAAAAACAAUGGCGUCUCUUUUGACGAAUUUCCAAGGGAGUAUCCCGUUCUCGGAGCUAAGUCUGAAUCCUGAAAGGAAAAUUGGCGAAGGCGGGUUUGGGGAGGUGUUUCUGUCUGAAUGGAAUGGAAGCGCUGUUGCCGUGAAGAAACUGAAAGACACAAAGUUCAGCAAGCGACUUGAGGAUGGUUUUAAGCGCGAAAUUCUAACCUUCAGCGCUCUUGAACAUCCGAACAUCGUCAAGUUCCUUGGCGCAUGCGUAGAACGUCCGAAUGUUUGCAUCGUCAUGGAGUACAUGCAGAUGAGUCUUUACGAUGCAUUGCAUAUCAAACCCGAUAUCACGUUCUCUGAGACGGAAUGUCUAGACGUUAUAACUGACGUCUGCAAAGGGAUGAAGUACCUACAUGGUGAAAACAUCGCACACUGCGACUUAAAAACCCUGAACGUACUGAUCAAUUACUCAAAGGGGGAGACGUGCAUCGCAAAAAUCACAGAUUUUGGCCUCAGUCUUGUCAAGAACAGCACGCAGACGACUUCUACGAAGGUCGACGAAUUCGUCAGCGGAUUGGGCACGCCACGUUAUUCUGCACCGGAAAUUCUGCGAGGAGAAAUUUUGAAGGCUUCCGACAUGAUGAAGGCGGAUAUCUGGUCGCUAGGUCUUAUCAUUUAUGAGACUAUUUUUGAAGAAGAGCCAUUUGUCAAUCUAAGCUUCAUACAGCUUAAAGUGCAGGUUGGUGAAAAACAUCUUAUACCGGAUAUGGAUGAUGACGUCAUCAUUAAUCCUGACGUCAAGGAGGCGCUGCUUCAGACAUGGAAAAGUGAGCCGGGGGAUCGCAUUGAAAUCGGAAAGCUUACUGAGGUGGUAGAGUCAGCACAGUACGUGUUUGUUCAGUAGAUGUGCAAUAAUCUAACUGUCAUUUGUAUACUUUUUAAGCAUUUAACAAAAAGCAAUAAUAUUCGCUUCAGCGUAAGAUCGCAUUAUAUUUCACCUUGCGAUAAAUAAUAUAUUACAUUCUUACGUGGUAACAAAAUAUACAUAAUCCAUAAUGAUGAAAGAUAAAAAAAACAGGCAACUGAAUUGUUGUUGCCGUGUUUUGAACAGUGAAAUAUAUAACUUAAAAAUAAUGACAUAUUAAUGCACAUUUGAACAUUUGUUUGACUUUUGAAUAAAUAGUGUACACUGGCACACUAAAUUGAACUGUGAAACAGAGACUGUGUGAAAGACUGUGUGAACUUGUUUUAGGACAGAGAUUACUCUAGUGUCGAUUGGGUACACUAGAGACUACUGCAGUGUCGAUUGGGUACACUAGAGAAUAUUGUAGUGUCGAUUGGGUACACUAGAGACUACUGUAGUGUCUAUUGGGUACACCUGUGACUACUGUAGUGUCGAUUGGGUGCACUAGAGACUACUGCAGAGUCGAUUGGGUACACUAGAGACUACUGCAGAGUCGAUUGGGUAAACUAGAGACUACUGCAGUGUCGAUUGGGUAUACUAGAGACUACUGCAGUAUCGACUGGGUGUACUAGAGACUACUGCAGUAUCGACUGGGUGUACUAGAGACUACUGCAGUAUCGACUGGGUGUACUAGAGACUGUUGCAGUAACGAGUUGGUGUAAUAGAGACAGUUGUAGUGUCAAUUUUGCAUACAAGAGAUUGUUGUUUUGUCAAUUUGGCAUAAAAUAAACUGUUGCAGUGUCGAUUUGGCAUACUAGAGAUUUUUUUCAAUUUUGUUGUGUCAAGCAGAAUCUGUGUAAUAUGUGAAAUAUCAGUGAAACAAAAACAUUUGUAUAAAUGUUUUUAAUAUACUUAAAGCUACACUCUCACAGAAAUACCGUUUUUACAACUUUUUUUUAUUUUUUGUCUUGGAAAGAGCACAUUUUUGCGUUAAUAUCUGCAAACCAAUUAUAAAUGAUUGCUGACGAAAGAUCAGAUCGGGUUUAAGAAAAAUGCAUAAAACAUCAUUUUUUAAACUUAAUUAUAAAAAAUGAGAUCUAAAUUAUUGUCAGUAUUCUUAUAUAACUGGUUUCCAUGCAUAUUCGCAAACAUUGGCUUGUUUCAAGACAAAAAAUAAAAAAGGUGUCAAAACGUUCAAUCUGUGAGAGUGCAGCUUUAAGUUACUUUCGCCACCAGUUAAACAUGGAUGUUUGUGAAAUAUAUUGUAUAUAAGAGAACGAUUGUGAAAAGAGGUCGUUAAGAGACUGUUCGAAUACAUGUGAAAUGGUGUGCAUAUCGACAUGCUGUUUACGUUUUAUAUUUGACUGUGUAUCGUCAGAGUUUGAUUACUUUUGAUAUAUGAAAUCUGUAAUGAUUUGACACUUUAUUUUAACUUAACAUUGCCGUGUUGCUUUUUUGUGUUUAAUUCUAGGAAGUUUGAAAAAUAUAAACUUGAUAAAGUCUAUAGAUACUAACAUGUUUGGUCAAAAUCAAUGUAUCCUGCGAUGUAAAUUUAGAUUGUUUCAGAUAAAAUGUAUCGGGUCAUUAUGGCAAAUACUGAUAAUUAUUAUUGAUGACUUAUAUGAUAGAUUAGAUACAUUAUACAUUAGAUACAUUAUCUAAUAAUGAGGUAUUGAUGUGUUGUUUUGGCGCCGCAUUAAAGUGCGGGGUCUCCAUUGAAUGAGAUGUUGUUUCAGUUAAUGGGAGGAAAAUUAAGUAUGAAAUUUCUACUUAAAGCUGCACUCUCACAGAUUGAACAUUAUGACAAGUUUGUUUUUUAUAUUUUGUCUUGGAACAUGCCAAUUUCUGCGAAAAUGCAUGUGAACAAUUCAUAUAAGACUGCUGACAAAACAUAGUCACAGAUUUUUUUAAUUAAGUUCAAAAAUUGAUGUUUUAUGCCUUUUUCUUAAACUGUUAGUAAUACUUUAAGCCAUAACACAUUAGUUUUCGAACUAGAAUAUGAAAAUCUGCGAUCUUAUAUUUUGUCAGCAGUCUUUUAUCACUGGUUUGCAGAUAUUUACGCAUAAAUUUGUUCAUUCCAAGACAAAAAAAAAUAAAAAGUUGUAAAAAAGGUAAAUCUGAGAGAGUGCAGCUUUUAGGCUUGUUUUCCUGUUUUAAAAAUUAUUGAAUCAAUAAUGUAUAUAUUAAUAGAAAUAAAAGUAUAUUUUUU